GAGCCGCUUCCCGAAUAGCGUUACGUCGCUUUCCGGAGGCCGGAAAAGGAAGACGGUGUUCCCGGAGACUCGGGCCAAGCUGAGCCAGCCACCGUCCCAGCGGCCACCUUCGUUGACUUUCACGGUGCCACGAAGCACGCUCUUCACUUUAGUUUGACUUUUGGGUUCCAGUUACAGGUAUUUUGAAGCGCAGUAAUUUCACGUAGCACUUCUUUGGGGGCGGGUUUCUUGGUGUCCAUAUUGAAUAAAGGCUGUUCCUUCGCUUUUGAGUUGCGGCGUAUUGCAGUGCUAUAAAAUUUAUAUUAAAGGCAUGGUUUUCACCCUACUUCAUCAACGCAGUUAAAUUUUCAUUUUGGACCCCUAUUUUAUACUACAAUGCAACAAGCUUUAGAACUAGCUUUGGAUCGUGCAGAGUAUGUCAUUGAAAGUGCCCGACAGAGACCUCCUAAAAGGAAAUACUUAUCUAGUGGAAGAAAAUCUGUAUUUCAAAAACUUUAUGACUUAUAUAUUGAAGAAUGUGAAAAAGAGCCUGAGGUUAAGCAGAAAUUAAGAAGAAAUGUGAACUUGUUAGAGAAGCUUGUCAUGCAAGAGACAUUGUCAUGUUUAGUGGUCAACCUAUACCCAGGAAAUGAGGGAUAUUCUUUGAUGCUCAGGGGAAAAAAUGGAUCAGAUUCUGAGACCAUUCGACUGCCUUAUGAAGAAGGGGAAUUGCUUGAAUACUUGGAUGCAGAAGAAUUGCCUCCUAUCUUGGUUGAUCUCCUAGAAAAAUCUCAGGUUAAUAUUUUUCAUUGUGGAUGUGUCAUAGCAGAAAUACGUGACUACAGGCAGUCCAGCAAUAUGAAAUCUCCAGGUUACCAAAGUAAGCACAUUCUCCUACGUCCAACAAUGCAGACUUUAAUCUGUGAUGUACAUUCAAUAACAAGUGAUAACCAUAAAUGGACCCAGGAAGACAAACUUUUGCUUGAGAGCCAACUGAUCCUAGCUACAACUGAACCACUAUGUCUAGAUCCUUCUAUAGCUGUAACAUGUACUGCAAAUAGAUUGCUCUAUAACAAGCAGAAGAUGAACACACACCCAAUGAAACGGUGUUUCAAGAGGUAUUCCAGGUCCUCUCUGAAUCGACAGCAGGAUCUGUCUCAUUGUCCACCUCCUCAGCUAAAGUUACUUGAUUUCUUACAAAAAAGAAAGGAAAGAAAAGUAGGUCAGCAUUAUGACCUCAAAAUUUCUAAAGCAGGAAAUUGUGUAGAUAUGUGGAAAAGGAGUCCCUGUAACUUGACUGUACCUUCUGAAGUGGAUGUGGAGAAAUAUGCUAAAGUGGAAAAGUCUAUCAAAUCUGAUGACUCACAACCAACAGUCUGGCCAGCCCAUGAUGUCAAAGAUGAUUAUGUAUUUGAAUGUGAAGCUGGUAAUCAGAAAACAAAGCUGACCAUUUUGCAGUCACUUGGUGAUCCACUUUACUAUGGUAAAAUUCAGCCAUGUAAAGAUGAAGAGAUUGACAGCCAGAUUUCUCCAUCCCACUCCUCCACAGAAGAUCAUUCAAAUUGGUUCAUUAUAGGAUCAAAGACUGAUGCUGAACGAGUAGUUAAUCAGUACCAGGAAUUGGUCCAGAAUGAAGCCAAGUGUCCAGUCAAGAUGUUGCACAGCUCCAGUGGCUCAGCCAGCAUGAGUCAGCUUUCUCCAGGGAAAGAAACAGAACCUGAGACUGUUUCAGUUCAGUCUUCAGUACUAGGGAAAGGAAUAAAACAUCGACCUCCACCCAUCAAACUUCCCUCAAGCUCAGGAAAUAGUUCCACAGGUAACUAUUUUACGCCACAACAGGCCAGCAGCUUUCUUAAAUCUCCAACUCCUCCUCCAGCUUCUAAGCCACCAAGUCUUUCUCGAAAGUCAUCUGUGGAUCUCAGUCAAGUUAGCAUGCUUUCUCCAGCUGCCCUGUCACCUGCCAGUUCAUCACAAAGAUCUGGAACUCCUAAGCCAUCUACUCCUACACCAACCCUUUCAUCGACCCCACACCCUCCUGAUGCUCAGAGCUCAACUCCUAUUACCCCUUCAACUACCCCUACUCCCCAAGAUUCAGGCUUCACCCCUCAGCCCACUUUGUUAACUCAGUUUGCUCAGCAGCAAAGGUCUCUGAGCCAGGCAAUGCCUGUAACGACCAUUCCUCUUUCCACCAUGGUAACAUCUAUAACUCCAGGAACCACAGCCACCCAGGUCAUGGCAAACUCUGCUGGACUUAACUUCAUCAAUGUAGUGGGCUCUGUUUGUGGAGCUCAGGCUUUGAUGAAUGGUUCAAAUUCUAUGCUGGGCUGUAACACUGGUGCCAUAACUCCUGCAGGAAUAAACCUGAGUGGCCUUCUCCCCUCAGGAGGUCUGCUACCAAAUGCAUUACCUGGUACAAUGCAGGCAGCUUCUCAAGCAGGUGUUCCAUUUGGUUUAAAAACUACUUCAAGUCUCAGGCCCUUGAAUCUACUUCAGCUUCCAGGUGGUUCACUAAUUUUCAACACUCUGCAGCAGCAGCAGCAGCUCUCUCAAUUUACACCCCAACAACCUCAGCAACCCACAACUUCCAGUCCUCAACAGCCAGUGGAGCAGGGUUCUGAACAAGGCUCAACCAGUCAAGAAAAGGCCUUAUCUGCUCAGCAUGCUGCUGUUAUUAAUCUUGCUGGAGUAGGAAGUUUUAUGCAGUCACAGGCAGCUGUGUUGUCUCAGCUUGGCUCUGCCGAGAACAGACCUGAGCAAAGCCUUCCUCAGCAGAGAUUCCAGCUCUCCUCUGCCUCCUCUGCCUUUCAACAGCAGCAGCAACAGAUACAACAGUUGCGAUUCUUACAGCAUCAAAUGGCUAUGGCAGCAGCAACAGCACAAACAGCUCAGCUACAUCGUCAACGGCAUACAGGCAGCCAGUCAAAAAGUAAAAUGAAGAGAGGCACACCAACCACUCCAAAAUUCUGAGUCUUGCAUUAUUUUUUUUCUUUUUUAAAAACAAGAGCAAUGAAUCAAAAGGAUUGAGUUUCUACUUCAUUUUUGUUUUUUAAAACAUAAUCAGUAUUUUACAUUGUUUGAUGUACAAACUUUAUACAGAAGCACAACCCUAUGAUUUUUAAAUAAAAACAGGGAAAUGCUUUAACAAAUCAUUAGGGUUCAUUUGCUUAAGACACUGCUUUUUCAAAAUUGUUCCUAUACAUAAAACAUGUUGAAGUGGCCUAAGAAAUACUAGAAAUGUCCUUCAGAAAAAUGUAGUUUGAUAUUUAUUUAGUAUGAAAGAUUUGUGCACAGUGUAAUAAAUACAGUUUUUACAAAUAUGUUUUGAAAACGUAGUUAUUUGGCUUUCAUACUCUUAAUUACUUCAUCCAUCAGUUUUUUUAUUUCUUUGUGCCUUGUAACUGCUCGGCUCAGACAGUCCUGAAGUUUAGCUCCAGUCAGCCCACUUCCACCUGAAAAAUUAUUGUACCAACACUGUUAAUAUAUGCUAUUGUACUUUUAAUGAUCAACAUGUCAAGUUAUAGACCUAAACUUUCAGUAAUGUAAACCAGGGGGUAUGGUUAAGAUUGCCAAGUUAUGUUUUAAGACCUCCAAGUGAUUCCAAUGCAUGCCAUAAGAACCACUGGUAAACAACAUAAAAACAAGGAAUUUGAGGUAACAAACUGUCAUUUUAAACUUGCUGCAUUAGGUACAUGGUAAAAUAUCCCAUGUUCCAUUUGCCCCACUCCUAUGUAAAGAAGCUCACAUAGAGUUUUCAUCCAAAUAUUUAGGACUGAAAUAGAAGGAACAUGCCUGGUUUGUGAAGACAACAUAGCUUGCCUUCCUCGUCCAUUACUACUGUUAGGGUUCCAGUUGCCAGAUGUUCCUCCUCUCCAGUAGGGUCCACUAUGAGCAGAGUGCUAUUUAAAAAUUUUUGGAAGUGUAAAUUAUCAAUCCAUGAAACAUUUUAUUUUAGAAGAAUACUUAAAACAGUUUUUAUACAUUUAACUUACUCAUCAAAGACCGCAAAGGAGGUAGCAACUGGAUGAGUUCUAAUGUUCAAAUAACGUUUCUUCUUUAAAUUAACUUCUGCUAAAGCAGUUUCUUCAUUUAUAGUAACUUCAGGCAACUGUACUAGAAAGGCAAAUAUGUUAGUAUCUCUACUGUAAAUAACAAACAUGGCUUUUACUAAGUUCACUUUUCCAGAAGUAAUCUUUUAGAAAAAAAAUACCUUAGAACAUUAAGAUAAAUACAGUGUAUAUAAACAUUUUUGUUAACUUAGAAAGACUAAAAUGAAUGAUGGCUAAAUCAUAACAAAAGCCUAAAAAGUUUGAGAAAGUUUAACAAAACAGAAUAUUCUGACACAAGAGGAGGAAUAUUGCCUUUUAUUAAGAUUGCUUACCAUUUUUUAAAGCUGCCAACAAAGCACAUGUACAGGCAUCCAAAAUAUUUCCAUCAUAGUCAAGGCAAAUGAGAUCACAGUAUAGAACCCAAGCAAGCUAAAAUAGAGUUUACACAAAGCAAAUUAAAGUCUUCUGAUGGGUAGAACAUGGGAUUUGCUUCAACUUAUACACCACAGAACCCUUAAACAAGAUAACCUUCAAGGCUCAAAAACUUACAAAGAAAAACCUUUACCUUUAAGAAAUAAACCAAAAAAAGUGGUUAUGGUUGAUGAAAGCUGCCUUCUGACUACCAAGCUGACAAGUGACAAACAUUUCCAUUCUUGUUGCUAAGUCAGAUGAGGGAAAUACUUUAGAAAGUCCCAAACGAAAAUCAAAACAUACUUCCCCAAAGAAACCUUAAUACAUCAAAUGCUUAGUAGGGCCUGGCUGAUGUUCCUCAGUGGCUAAGCGUCAACCUACAAACCAGGUCAGUUAGAUCCUGGUCAUGGCACAUGCUGGGAUUGCAGUCUCAAACCCCAGUAGGGGGAAUGCGGGAGGCAGCCGAUUAAUGAUUCUUGUCAUUGAUAUUUCUAUCUCUCCUCCCUUUCUCGGGG